AUGACAAAGAACGAGCUGAUCGAAGCAGCCCGGGCCCUGAACAUCACGGUGCACACGUCCUGGAGCCGGGACGAGAUCCGCACCCUGGUGCUGGAGAAGCGCAAGGAGAUCACGGGGACCUCCCAGAUCCCCAAGGGGUUGGCAAGCAUGACCAAGGCCGAUCUGGAAAAGAAGAUGGACGAGUUGAAGAUCCCUGUUCCGCCGGCGGCCACAAAAGGCCAUAUGAUGCGGCUGACAAGAGAUACAACAGCGGACUUGUCGGAGCAGGUUUGCACGUUCGGACGGCAUCGGGGGCUCAUGUUCAAAGAGAUCCCCGAAAGCUAUCUCCUGUGGAGUGUCAAAGGAGUCCAGGCCAAGAGGAGCGGGUCAAGCGAGGAACUUCGCCAGCUGGCGAACUACGCGGAGCGCCGCAUGGAGAAGAGCCACAAGAUGCAGCACUACGACCCGGAGGAGAAUGCGGCCAUCCCCUACAGCCCGGACCCGAACGACUUAGUCUCAGUGGCCCCGUCGGCAGCGAUGUCAUCGACCGGGACGUGGUCCAUGGUCCCGCCGGCAGCGAACGAGUCUCCAGAGAAACGUUCCCUGGGCAAGACGAACCGCGGGAAGGGAUAUGUCCCCCCCAAGAUCGACUCGCUGAAGAGGGCCAGCGACAAGGAGGCGGGCCAGACCAAGAUGGAGCAGGACAUACCCGAGGAGGUGAAGGCCGAGUUUGCCGCUCUGAGCACCAGGUUGGCCAGUCUCAAGGACAAGUACGGCGUGUAG